UCUCGCGAGAGUUGGCAACAGUGCUUAGAAGGACAAAGCCUAUUUAUCUGGCUAUCGUUUUAAAGCAGUUUUGCUGUAUUUUUUACUCAGACCCUCCUAAUGCCAUCGAUUUCAAAAAGUUCAAUAUACAUAAAAUGUUUCAGAAAUUUCAAACCUGAGAUUUCAGACUGUCGUAAUCAUUUGCGAAUCUUAAGGCCGUGUAACUGCAGGACUUCGCCGCAGACAGGCUAACGUUGUCAGCCGCAUUCAGCAUCACAAACAUGGAUCAGCACGACUCGACGUUUGGAGUGCAGCUCUUCAUUUGUGAUCUGUCGAGGGGAAUGGCCCGACAGCUCAGUCCGAUAAUGUUAGGAAAACAGCUUGAUGGGAUUUGGCACACAUCUAUUGUGGUCUAUGGAGAGGAAUUCUUCUAUGGUGGUGCCGGGAUCUCUAGUUGCCCACCAGGUGGGACAAUGCUCGGACCUCCAGACACAGUGGUGGAGCUGGGAAACACAGAGGUGACAGAGGAGAUCUUUCUGGAUUAUCUGUCCUCACUUGGAGAGACAACAUAUAGUGGUGACAAAUACAGAUUGUUUGAACACAACUGUAACACGUUCACUAAUGAGGUGGCCCAGUUUCUCACUGGCAAUAAAAUUCCCUCCUAUAUCACAGAUUUGCCCUCUGAAGUGCUCUCCACGCCAUUUGGUCAGGUGUUGCGGCCAAUCCUGGACUCGAUACAUAUUGCCCCUCCAGGCAGAAACGUGAUCAGCUGCCAAAAUAAUCAUGGCUAGAUCAGCUUUGUAAUCUCUCUCUCACACCUACACAUGCAAUAAUUCACACAUACGCUGUUUAUACACACACAUUAGCCCCGUUGUAAAUGAAGUUGGCUCAAAACACCUCGUUCAAGAGCACGGAACAAAAUUUCCUCAGUUCUGGUCCAUAUUCACAGUUGCCCUGAUAUUUUGAGACAGUUUUGCUUAAAGUGUUUCAUGCACAAGGUCUGGGUCAUUCUUUCCAGAUCACUGAUGGUUCAUAUUUUUCAGUGUUGAGUUCUUGGUUUCUUUGGUUUUCAUUUUAAUAUGUAUCUUUAUUUUGUAUCUCUACAGCCCACCACAUGCAAAUGUCAUUUGUUGUUUGUUGAUGACAAUCCAACUUUUUUCCUGUUGUUAAUUAUGAUUCCUUUCACAUCAUUUCAUUCAGUUUUUCCUCAAUAAUAUGUCUGUUAAUAUUGGCAAGCCAAAAGUUGAAAGACUAUCUUUAAUUUUAGUAACAUAUAUGUAUUUAUUUUUGUGUGUGACUUUGUGGCAAAGAAGCACAUGUGCUAUAAUAUGACUUGCAUUCUGAAGAAAUUACUGAAUGUGGCUUUAGAAAUAUAUGUAUCUGUGCCUUUGUCGUGGCAGCUUGGGCACAAGUAACAUUUUUAACUAAACUAAACUGUAAAGUACAAAUUAUUUAUACACAUAAUGCUUAAGGUAGACAUUGUGUCUUUCAUUUAUUUAACCAGCUGAAUGCUUUUAUAUAUGCUUUACGCUGAUUUUUAUUUUCAUGAAAGGAAAGUUUGCUGCUGUUGUCAGUGUUAUAUGGUUGAAUGUGUGUGUUUGUUAUUGGUAUUUAUUAACAUUCCUAUUUUAAAAUUUAUUUAUUGAGGACAAAUGAUAAUGUAAUAUUCAGAGAUGUUUAAUGAAAGACUAUUGCCACUCUUAUUUUGUUUUCAUG